ACUAACGCCGUUAUUUUAUCCCACCUCCUCCCCUCCCCCCUCUAUAACUAUCUGCAACAGAAGACAGACAAAGCCCACUGUCACACACACAGAACACGCAGUGAGAGUUCAAGGAACCUCCCGAUAAGGAAAACCCAGAAGCGGAAUCGAGCGAAUUGGUCAUGGUGAUGGAAGGCAGUGAUGCUCAUAUUGACAAGGAACCAGAUGGUGUCAUUAUAUACACGAACAGUGUCAAUUGUGAUUCAGGUUAUGGAAAUGUAAGCCAGGAGGAAGUGGAACAAAUGCCUGAGCUUAUUAAUCUUGAACCACAGCCUGUUGAUAUAAUAGACGUGAAUGCUGAAGUACAGGACUGUGAAGUAAAAGAAUGUAAUAGUGACACAUCAGCUGAGGUUAAAAAAGUAUGUCAAGUUGAGACAGGUGAGCAGAAUCUGGCCAGCGUUAAUGGUGAAACUAACAUGAAUAAGGAGGAUGUGACAUCUGAAUGUCGAAAAGUGAUGGAUCAGAACAAGAAGACACGAUCUUGUGGCAAAAAAGCUACCAGGUCUCCUGUUGGAAAUUGUAAAACGAAAUGCACAAUUCCACAGCCAUUUGCUCUGGCAACUGAAAAACGUGCUUUAAAUGGAACUCGUCCUUAUGGAACUGAGUUUGACAGUAUCUGCACUGGGGACAAAACAUCUCAUGCUCGUGUCCUGCUACAUCCAACUUCUGGGAAGCAAAAUCCAACAGUAUCACCUAUUGUACCAAGGAAGCCAUUGCAACCUGAUAACAAGAAGCACCCGGAUGAAGAUAACUGCUCAGUUGCCUCAUCAACUGUGGCAUCAGCAAGAAAGUUCAAGACAACAGUUGCCUCAGCUCCAGUUUUUAAGAGCAAUGAACGUGCUGAAAGAAGGAAGGAGUUCUACUCGAAGUUAGAGGAGAAACAUCAAGCUUUGGAGGCUGAAAAAACCCAAUGCGAGUUAAGGACUAAGGAAGAGAGCGAAGCAGCGAUCAAGCAACUGAGGAAGAGUUUGAUGUUUAAGGCAAGCCCGAUGCCCAGCUUCUAUCAUGAGGGACCACCACCAAAGGUUGAACUGAAAAAGCCACCUCCAACUCGUGCAAAAUCACCAAAGUUGGGCCGAAGGAAGAGCUGUAGCGAUGCAAAAGGUUCAGAUCGAGGAGCCGAAGAAGCUCGCCACAGUUUUUCCAUUUUCAGAGACAGUCCCCCUGCGGCUUCUACCAACAGGAAAAAUGGGAACAAUAUACAGAAUGGUCAUGCUUCCUGCAAAAGUAGAGAACCGACCCGUCAAGGGGUAGAGAUGGAAGAGGCUUUUACACCUAAGAUGAUUGGAGAGAGAUGCAUGGAUAUUGCUGUUCAUUCCUGAUGAGCUGCUGUAAGUUAUCUAAUUAAAGGCGAAAGAGUUUAAUUUAUUGGAGAGAAAAAACCUCUUGUUCUUGUGCCUUGUGACUGCUGUUGUUAAUUGCAUACCUCAAACUGCAAAGCCCUUUGCGUGGUUCAUUUUAAAUUAUUGAGUGGUGUGUAAAUUCCUGUAAGUUACCACAUUUUCAAAGUCCGCGUGUAAAUUAUAUUUUCACCGAAAACCACUAGCAGUCAUCUUACAACAUUUGUGCUUCACUAUUUCCUCCAAGUGCUUCAUAUCACACGGAGAAAUUUAACAAUGGCACAUCCCAGUUUCUGUAUUUACUAUCUACUUCUACUGCUCCUUCGUCGUCUGUGUUUCUCAAUACUGGGUUGUCUACUUUCUUUACGUUUCAUGGUAUCCUGUUCAAAUUCAUUAGUUGAAAUUCAAGGAGCAGGUUUCUGUAGUAAGUUUGAGUCCAAGGAUAACUAUGAUUACACAUAAAGUUUGCUGUGCCCCAGACACAGUAGAUGUUGGGGGCUUCUAUGCUCAUGAUUCAGUUGAGGACACACACUUACAGCAUGAGGCCUCCAUCUAAUUAUGCUUUUUAUGGGUCGGAAGACUCGGAACCCUUUGUUUUUGGUGUAAUUAUGGUAAGUGUUAUCAUCGAAGUCUGUAAAAUCAUGUCCGAAGGCGCAAAAAAGUGCCUUCCAUUGCAGUGUUUUGUGCCGAAAAUCUGUAAAGGAUGGCUUUCUGAGACUGAUGGCCCUCAAUGGACUGAGAUAAGAUUCAUCUCAAGUGGAAUAGAAGGGCUGUAGAAUCAAGAAUGUAGAUUGGGGUUUGCCAUGUGUACGAACCUCUUGGACUGGGUUGUGAGUGUAAAUUUUCAAAAAUUUGAGGGGUAAAGUGUAAUAUAUAUUAUUUUACAAGGGGUUCAGGUG